GUGGGAGCAUUAGUAACAGUAUUCUGCAUUCAGAAGCAGUUUCUUUGCUACACCUGCAGUUUGCAGGUGGUCUGUUUAUUUGUUUUUAUUAUCUCAGUGUUUGUUAUGAUUUGUGUUCAUUAUUGUGGACGUUAUUCAGUGUCAUCAUGAAACCAAAACAAUAACAUUGUUAAGCAAGGAAGAUUAUUAAUUUUAUUUUAUUUGUUGAGUUUUAAAUACUAGUUGUGUUGUAAUGUCGUGCUGCCAAAAAUCGAGUUAUAAAAUGUCCAAGACACAAAAUGUGAUGUUGAGAGUGACCAUCGUGAUGGGCAUGAUGGUGGCAGUGGUGGCGGUUUUGUACCUUACCCCUUUACCAGAGGGCACAUUCCUGAGCUGUGAUAGACCUUGCCAUGACCUAGACUGGCCAAUGAUAUGCCGCAUAAAAAUCCAAAUCGAGAAUAAAAGGCCAUGUAAAGACUGUUCCUUUAAUAACGACACUUCGUCCGAAAUAAUCGCAGUUAAUGGCCAAAGUCCAGGCCCAGCAAUUCAAAUAUGCCAAAACGAUAUUUUAGUAGUGGACGUAGUUAAUAAAAUGCCUGGACAUAGCUUAACAAUACAUUGGAGAGGACAAGCAAAUGUUGAAGCACCUUUCAUGGACGGAGUUCCUCUAGUCACCCAAUGUCCAAUACUUAGCUAUACCACGUUUCAGUACAAAUUUCGGGUCACUUCCCCUGGAACACAUCUCUAUCAGGCAUUUUCGGACAGUGAGCUCAAUCGGGGUUUGUUUGGUGCUCUUAUCGUAAGACAAGCUGAAAAAAACGAUUUGCAACGGAAAUAUUACGAUGUGGAUUCAAGAAAUCACAUAAUUAUGAUUUCUGAAAGGGAUAGUAAAGUACUAGUCAAUGGAAAAGGAUCAAAUGAAGUGACAAAAUUCACAGUUAAGAGGAACAAACGUUACAGGUUUAGAGUAGCAUUUGCUGGAAGUAACUCAGGAUGUCCUGUUACUUUAACUGUUGAUAACCACCUAAUCAAAGUAAUUGCAUUGGAUGGUAACCUUGUGUUUCCCACCGAAGUAACUUCCGUGGUUUUGACCAAAGGAGAAAGACUCGAUUUUGUGCUAAAAACCGACCAAAAAAUCAAAAGACAUUACGUGAGGGUUAAAUCAUGCCUUGGGGAAGGUUUAGCUUUGUUGAAUUACGAACUUGGGGACACAACACCUACUGAAAAACCCCAAAAAAGGGAAAAAGAAGGGAGGGUUUUGGACACUUCUCUUUGUCACUCCAAAAUUGGCAAAGUCUGUCUAAGCGAUUUGAAUUUUGUUGAAAAAAUGCCAGAAACAGUUAAAACCGCUCCAAAGACCGUGUAUUUGUCUCUCGGAUCGCAGAUCGUAAAUGUUAGUGGUAAUUUCGGCUCGAGAGUUUUUGGUGUCAAUAAUUUAACGUUCACUUAUCCUUCGUCUCCUUUGUUAACGCAAUUGGAUCGAGUCGCGAUGAACAGCGUUUGUGAUGGGAGAAAUGUGCCCGAAAAAUGCGUGGGGAAGGAAGUGUGUGAAUGUGUUCAUGUUGAGCACAUUCCGUUGCGAGCGGUUGCCGAAAUUGUGCUUAUUAACCAAGAUGCGAGCCAAGAGGAGCACAUAUUCCACUUGCACGGGUAUCGCUUUUAUGUGGUCGGUUUUCGCCACUUUGAAAACGCACCUUCAACAGACGAAAUAAAAUUGUUGGAUCAAGAAAACACGUUAUUUCAAAGAAAUUUCAACAACCCCGCCAUAAAAGACACUAUUCGCAUUCCAAAAAACAGCGUUGUCGCUUUAAGGUUCUUGGCAGACAAUCCUGGGUUUUGGAUGCUGAGGGAUGAGGGAUCAAGAGGUUGGACAAGAGGGUUAGAUAUCGUUUUACAAGUUGGUGAGCCCAGUGAUAUGGUUUCCACGCCUACCGAUUUUCCAACUUGUGGAAAUUACAUCGGUCCGGAUUUCUUUCUGAUGUAAGACUGUUUUUACAAACAAUUAUGUUGUAAAACGUGAUACGUGAUAAUUACGAAAGGGUUUAUAUUUUUCCUAACUCAAGUCAUUGUACAGUUACAGUAGGUUAGAUUUAUAUUUGUGUAAUAAAAAUUCGAAAAUAAA